CACUCUAGACCUGUGAGAAAGAAAAGAAGAAUAAAAAAAUCCACAAUGGGGAAAUAAAGAAAAAGAAGAAAGAGUCAAAAGGCAUAAUAAUGAAUGCCAUUACCGUGUAUUCUAUUUCUGUGUUUACUGAAACAUGGUCUUUCUCAUUUUCUCCACACGCUCUCCCUCUCCAAAACCUUCACAUAUACCCCGAAACACCAACAUCCAACGGAGUGUUGUUAGGUUACGCUUAUUUCAAGACAUGAAGAUUCCUUGUUUUUCUUGUUUCUUGCCAUCGACCACUGAAGAAAACAACAACAACAACGACUACCCAGAUGAAGAUGGGAGCUUUCGUUUGUUCACUUACAACCAAUUGAAAUUAGCCACGUGCAAUUUUCAUUCCUCGGAGAAGGUUGGAGAAGGAGGCUUUGGAUCUGUCUUUAAGGGGAAGCUUGUAGAUGGAUCUUUUGUGGCGGUGAAAGUGCUUUCGGUUGAGGUGGAAUCCAUGCGAGGAGAGAGGGAAUUUGUGGCGGAAUUGGCUACACUUGCAAACAUCAAGCACCAAAAUCUUGUAAGCCUAAAAGGGUGUUGUGUGGAAGGUGUUCAUAGAUAUUUGGUCUAUGAUUAUAUGGAGAACAAUAGCCUCUACAACGCUUUCUUAGGUUCGGAGGAGAGAAGGAUGAAAUUCACUUGGGAAAGAAGGAGGGACAUAUCCAUAGGUGUGGCUCGGGGACUUGACUUUCUUCAUGAGCAGCUUAAGCCUCAUAUCGUACAUAGAGACAUCAAAGCAAAAAACAUACUUCUUGAUAGUAAUUUCAUACCAAAGGUUUCUGAUUUUGGUUUGGCAAAAUUGCUGAGAGAUGAAACAUCUCACAUUAGCACUCGGGUUGCAGGGACAUUGGGUUAUCUAGCUCCAGAAUAUGCAAAUUCUGGCCAGGUUUCGCGAAAAUCAGAUGUUUAUAGCUUCGGAGUGUUACUUUUACAAAUUGUGAGUGGCCUAGCAGUGGUGGAUGCCUAUCAAGACAUUGAACGUUUCAUAGUGGAGAAGGCGUGGACAGCGUAUCAAGGUAACGAUCUACUAAAGCUGGUGGAUCCCAUGCUUAAUAUGAAUUUUCCAGAGGAAGAGGCCUUGAAAUUCCUCAAGAUAGGGCUGCUUUGCGUGCAAGAAACUGCCAAGUUUCGGCCGCCAAUGUCAGAGGUUCUAGAGAGAUUGACCAAGGACAUUGACAUGAUAGAUGUUCACAUUUCGAAACCAGGGUUCGUUGCUGAUCUUAGGAACAUCAGAAUCAAACAACAAAACCUUAACUCGUCCCAGGAAUCAAGUUCUGCUGGAGCAACCUUUACAAGCUCCAUUUGGAGUUCGGUCAAUCUUGCUCGUUAAUUAUUUUUUUCAUGUUUUAUCGGCAUCCUCAUUCCGUAUGGUAAUUGUCUUCCAAUUAGUCUAUAACGAACUGGGUUCGAUCCGAUAAAUGAACAUACAAGAUUGAGCAUGUUUUUAGGAUUAGGAUCAUGACAAAUUGGUCAACCUGUAUAGCAGUGACAACAAGGAUUCAUCAAGUGUUUAUAGUCUUUUUUUUUUUCUUUGGUUGCAUAGGUUGAUUUGUUUCUUUUUUUUUUAGAUUUGUUUUGUUGAAAUGCUCCCGGAGAGAAAAAGAAAUAUAUGUUGAAAAAUAUUGUGGCUCAUAUGUUAUGAAUUAAUUUGAUUAAAUUGUUUGGUAA